AUGACGCCCCAAACACACGCAACAACACAACCGAGAGCAAGCGGGCGAAACCCACUUCCACGACAUGAUCCACGUUUGGCACUACCACUGCAACCACAGCCAAAACACUCACACAAACCGACGAAACCCGAAAUGAAAGAAGAAAUCCGACCAAUGCAGACAAUCACCGACCGCUUGGUCGUCGAGGCCGUCCUGGGCCUGCCACAAAUGAAAGAUAAAACUCUGCUCCAUCUCGCGGUUGUGGGAAGCCGCAGCAAGGCCAUUGCCAGCAAAGACUCGGAUUAUGACGUCAAGGCAGUUGUGUUGCACUCUGUGGCUGAUUACUUGCUGCAGAACAUUACACCCAGCAAAGCCUUUGAGACUUCCAUUGUCGACCCCGAAACGGGCGAGGUCGUGGAGGUUGAAGGCACCCUUGUGGACUAUUUGACGAUGCAAAAGUACGCCUUGUCGACAAACACGGCUGCUUGUGAGGCCUUCUACGGCCUCGUCAUCCACCAAACGCCAGAAAGCGAGUAUUUGAAAGAGCUAUUCUUGAAGGCAUACGAUCCCAGAGUGCUUGUUUUGAGUUACCAAGGACUCUUGAAACACGAACUAAAAAAGGCAAGGAAACAAGGACGAAGUGGGCAGAUCAAGCAUGCCGCCAACAUGGUCUUUUACGCGUCCAUGGUGCAUCUGGCUAGUUCCAGCCAAGAACCACCAAUACAAAACGCCUUCCAGCAUGUCCAAAGCUUACAGAUUGACCCCGCCCUUCGGGAAAACAUGCUUGUACUCUACAGGCAACGGAUGGCCGAUAAAUCAAGGACUGAUGCCGACACGGCCCCUUUUGCCGCGUUUCUUCAGAAUGCGGAGGAGUUGGAGGCACCCCCGUGCAUAAAGAGCAAAGAUGAGAUCGAGUCCCUGAGGGCCGAAGCCAACGCCCGGUUUGUUGAGACCAUCGCCAGCGACAGGAUGGAAGUCCCGGUGUUGAGGUAG